AUGCCUAACAUCAUUACCGGCAGCUGCGUCUGCGAAAAAGUUCGCUACGAACUCACCGGAUCGCCCAUCACCAACAUCAUCUGCCACUGCGACACCUGCCGCAAAAUCACCGGAUCUGUCUUCAUGGCGAACAGCGCAUACACGAGAGAGAACUUCAAAAUCAUUACUGGAGAAGACGUACUCAAAGUCUACGACGAUAAGCCCCCCCGACUCAAAAAAUACGAUCCACCGCCACUUCUGCUCAAACUGCGGCUCUCCGGUCUAUACAACCUCGACCGGAACCCCAGGAUAUGA